AUGGCUCAGAGAAAUGGGCUUCACAUCGUUAUGUUCCCAUGGUUAGCUUUUGGUCACAUGAUACCAUUUCUAGACCUCUCUAAGGAGUUAGCAAAAAGGGGUCAUCUCAUCUCCUUCAUUUCCACACCAAGAAACAUUGAAAGGCUUCCCAAACUUCCUCCCAAUCUAUCCCCUCUCAUUGAUUUUGUGAAGCUCACCUUACCUUCGGUGGCGAACUUGCCGGAGGGAGCUGAGGCUACUUCUGACGUCCCAUUAGACAAAUCCCAGUACCUUAAGUAUGCCUUCGAUGGUCUAGAAGGAUCUUUUGAUUGCUUCCUUGAGACGUCAUCUCCAGAUGUGAUUAUUCAUGACUUCGCCCACCACUGGCUCCCACCCCUUGCAGCUAAACGUGGUGUUCCAUGUGUCUUCUUCUGUUUAUUCAGUGCUUCAGUGAUUACCUAUUUUGGCUCCCCAUGGUUGCGUUUGGCCGGCGAAGAUACCCGAAAAGACCUGGAAGACUUCACUGUUCCUCCCAAGUGGAUUCCUUCCCCUUCCAAUCUUGCAUUUCGUCUCUAUGAACUCCUUAAAUUCUCUGACUCCUUUAGUAAUGGAAACAAUUCUGGUAUUUCUGCCAUUGAUCGAUACUACUCAGUAGCCCUUGGAUCAACCUUUGUAAUUGUGAGAAGCUGUGAAGAAAUCGAGGGUGAUUAUCUACGUAUCGUGCGGGAGAAACUCUUUCGGGUACCAGUCAUUCCAAUAGGUCUACUUCCUCCAUCAUCAGAAGAUGAAAACAAAGACGAUGGCGAAUGGGCAAAUAUCAAAAAGUGGCUAGACAAGCAAAGAGAAGGAUCUGUGGUUUACAUAGCAUUUGGGAGUGAAGCAGCAGUGAGCAGAGAAGACAUGCAUGAGGUAGCUCUUGGGUUAGAGCUCUCUGGGUUCCCCUUCUUUUGGGCACUGAAGAGGCCAGCAGGGUCUAAUGUAGACACCUUAUCCAUGUUACCAUCAGGUUUUGAGAGCAGAACUCAAGGUCAGGGUACCAUCUGUUUAGGAUGGGUUCCUCAGAGAAGGAUACUGGAACACCCUUCAGUGGGGGUUUUCGUUACUCACUGUGGGUGGAAUUCAGUAAUUGAGGGUAUUGCAUUAGGCUGUCCUCUUGUGUUAUUACCUCUAUCACUCGAUCAACCUUUGGUUGCAAGGUUAUUGCUGAGCAAGAAUAUUGGUGUAGAGAUUCCGAGAGAUGAACGAGAUGGGUCUUUUACAAGGGAGUCGGUGGCCAAGUCAUUGAGGCUAAUAAUAGUGGACAAAGAGGGGGAGCUGCACAAGGCCACAGCUAGAGAGAUGAAAGAGGUGUUUGGAGACAAGGCUCGUCAUGAUCGAUACAUUGACGAUUUCGAUCAGUACCUAAGAACUAAUCAUGGGCGUGCUAGCUAA